UAAUAAGAGACGUGCCAUUGUAUUUAAUAGACAUGACAACACUAAAUAUUUUAUAAUUAAAACCUAAUCCAGAUCAAUAAAGAAGAUUCAGUCGUUCGAUUCCGAAUUGGGAAUCCGAUAAAAUUUUCAUUUUCGUUCUUCAAAGUCUUCGAAACCCACUAAUUCCAACCAAUUUUUCUGCAUUGCUUCGCUGCGAAACUUCAAAUUUCUGCCUAAUCAAGGAAUCGUUUUACCGGAAUAACAAACUCCAGAUUCCCGUUCGAAGAAGUCAAAAAUCUGAUCCACUUUACAGUUUUCCUUUUCCUCUUUUCGCUGAAUGAUUUGAUUUUAUUGUCUUCGUUCUGCAUUCCAUCUUUGAAGUGGAGUGACUUUCGUCAAUUGCGCAAAGGGCAAGCAAAUUUAGGAACGCCAGGCGACGACAAGAAGAGUUUCUUAGGAGUUUGGAAGAAUUUGAUAAAAGAGUUUUGGAUUGAUGGGGGCUGGAAAUUCAAAGGAGGAACCGUCAGUUCGUUCUGUUUCGUCGUCGUGGAGUGGUGCAUAUCCUCAAUCCCCAUAUCCUCAGGAAGCAUAUCCAUACGUUCAGGGAAGCCAGAGUUAUGUUCCGCAGCAAUCAUAUUCCGCACAGCCAUAUUACCCUCCUCCUGAAAACCAUUAUGGUGGUGCCGAUAAUGGAAAAAAGUUCGAGAGGCGAUACUCGAGGAUUGCUGAUAAUUACAAAUCCUUGGAGGAGGUAACACAAGCUCUUGCUCGUGCCGGGCUUGAGUCGUCCAAUCUCAUUAUUGGAAUCGAUUUCACAAAGAGCAAUGAGUGGACAGGCGCGAGUUCAUUCAACAAACGAAGCCUUCAUGACAUCCGAAAUGGCCCUAAUCCCUAUGAACAAGCCAUAUCCAUUGUUGGAAAAACAAUGUCCGCUUUUGAUGACGAUAAUUUGAUUCCAUGCUUCGGAUUUGGAGAUGCAUCUACACAUGAUCAAGAUGUCUUCAGUUUCUAUCCAGAUGAUAGAUUUUGUAACGGAUUUGAGGACGUGUUGAGUCGUUAUAGGGAAAUUGUUCCCCAUCUACGUCUUGCAGGACCGACUUCAUUUGCACCGGUUAUUGAGAUGGCAACGACAAUUGUGGAGCAGAGUGGCGGCCAAUAUCACGUUCUGUUGAUAAUUGCUGAUGGGCAGGUGACGAGAAGUGUGGACACUGAACGUGGAAGGCUAAGUCCACAAGAACAGAAAACUGUUGACGCCAUCGUGGCAGCAAGCAAUUUCCCUCUUUCAAUUAUUUUAGUCGGGGUUGGGGAUGGACCGUGGGAUACAAUGAAAGAAUUCGAUGACAAUAUCCCCGCCCGUGCCUUCGAUAAUUUUCAGUUUGUGAAUUUUACUGCGAUUAUGUCGAAGGACGUUCCCCAGUCUCGGAAGGAGACGGAAUUUGCGCUUUCAGCUCUGAUGGAGAUUCCUUCUCAAUAUAAAGCUACCAUGGAACUUAAUCUACUGGGGUCUCGAAAAGGCAAUGCUCCCCAGAGGAUUCCACUUCCUCCACCUGUUGCAGCAUCUUUCAGCAGUCCAAAACCUCCUCAAUCCUUCAAUUAUCAGCCAAGUGUGCCUCCAUAUCCUCUCAAUACUAAUCCGAUCGAAACCACUCCAUAUCCUCCGCAUACUAAUCCAAUCGAAACCGUUCGUUCAAUUGAUAUUUCAUCCUACGAUGACAAGUUGUGCGGCAUUUGCCUUAGUAACCCAAAGGACUUGGCAUUUGGUUGUGGACAUCAGACGUGCGGCGAAUGUGGACAGGAUCUUCAAACAUGCCCAUUCUGUCGAAAUCCUAUCCACACACGGUUGAAGCUCUACUGAUCAGAUCUCAACUAGGCUGAAAGAAUCGCCCAGGUUCGUGAUAAAGUACAGAUACGAUGCCUCGAUAUCAAACGAUAGAAAGCAAGCAAUGGAUGUAGAUAUGAAUCAUUUGAUUCUUAAUUCUUUUUUUUUAUCACUGAAUAAUGCUACCAAAAAAGUUUGAUGAUUUGUGAGUUUUUUUUGGUCCAGUAGCCAUAGCCAGGCCUCCAUUACACUAUACUUUAUGUACAAAAUGAAAGUGGGUAUUGUAAAUGAAAAUUGGCCACUGGACUUGAUUCAUGAUUCUUA